GCGCAGCACCAGGAAGUGGAGGGUGUGUUUUUUUCUGCUCUGUUUGUUUUGCAGGUCAGCUGGAGCAGGAACGGACUUGGAGAUGAAGUCCUUCUGGUUACUUCUGAGUUUCUUUUUUCCGGUGUUUCUGUGUUGCUCGGCUUCGGCUUUUGACGGAGUUUUAGGCAGCACAGCUUCCUGUCACAAAACCUGCCGAAUGACGUACAGCCUGCACACUUACCCGCGGGAAGUGGAGCUGUUUGCCUGUCAGAGAGGAUGCAGACUUUUCUCCAUUUGCCAGUUUGUUGGUGACAGUGAAAAUCUGAAUCAGACCAAAUCCGAGUGUGAAUCUGCUUGUAAUGAAGCGUAUGAUGAAGCAGAUGGACAGUUCGCCUGCAGCCUCGGCUGCCAGAAUCAACUUCCCUUCGCUGAGCAGCGACAAGAGCAGCUGUUGGCCAUGAUGCCCCGAAUCCACCUACUUUACCCCCUGACGCUGGUGAGGGGAUUCUGGGAGGACAUGAUGAACCAAGCUAAUGAAUUCAUCGCCUCGUCAUGGACAUUUUACCUCCAGGCCGAUGAUGGGAAAGUCGUUGUUUUCCAGACAGGGCCACAGGUUCAGUUUGUGUCUCCGUUUGACCUGCAGAGGGAGGAGCUGAAGGAGGAGUCUCAGAGUUCAGAUCCUGAGAUUAACGAGCCGGUUUACAGGGAGUACAGUAGGAGCUCCGGCCGGGAGAGACUCGGCGUCGUGGCACACUAUCAAAGCAGCUCACAGGAUGACUACGGCUUCUUCAGCUGUCUCUCCAGGAGCCCUUGGUUGCCUGGCUGGAUUUUGACCACUACUCUGGUUCUGUCAGUUCUGGUUCUAAUUUGGAUCUGCUGUGCUACAAUGGCCACUGCUACGGAUCAGUACGUCCCAGCUGAGAAACUGAGUAUUUAUGGAGACAUGGAGUACAUGAAGGAGCAGAACCUGAAGCCAUACCCACAAUCUUCUCUGCUGAUUGUUAGCUCUUUGGUGAAGGGUGAUGAGGCUGAAGCGCUUCCACCUAAGCUCAAAGUGGAUCUGACCAAAAUAUAAAUGUUUAGGGUUUAGGGAGAGUGCAUUAAAGGCAGUGUGUGCUUCAUGUCUUAAUUUUACACCUUCUUUAGAUAAUGGGAACUAUUUCUUCAGAACGUUAUGCUUUUAAGUGUGUGUGUGUGUGUGUGUGUGUGUGUGUGUGUGUGUGUGUGUGUGUGUGUGAGAGAGAGAGAGAGAGAGUGAGUGUAUAUGUUUGAGGAUAUUAAAAUGGCCACCGGGUCGUGCACUGCUGUAAUUUUUAUGGUUGCAUCUUUUCCUUCAUGAUGUUUAGUUCAGGUACAGGGGUGUGUGAUUUACAGCUCAUAAAUUUAGGUUCCAUUCGGAAACUUUUGUUUCUCUUUUCCACUGACAUGGAUCUGCCGAAGUGUUUAAAAAGAGCGCAUGUUUAUAGAUACCAGUGUGUGAGAAACCAUAUCAGCAAUUUUGUUGGACUCCUUUACAAAACGAAAUGAGGAAACGCCACUGUGUCUGUGGAAAAGUGCUAACAAUGAAACUAAAUUGGUGUGGUGUUGGAUACUGUGCUCAGUAAUGACCUUUACUAAAAUCCAUACAGGUUGCUGGAUAGUUUAAAUAUAAUCAACAGUAAAAAAAAAAUAAGAUAAGCAAUUUAAAAAGGCAAAAGAUUUUUAAGGUUGGGUUUGACAUAUAUAAAUGGUUACAAUAAACAAAAUGAAAUGAAACCAUGCAAUAAAUGUUUGUGUUAUUGUA